AUGGGUUCUUCGGGAGCUCUUCCGACGCUGGAUUCCCUGCAUUUUCCAUCAGCGCAACAAUCGAUCUCACAGACACUCUCGUCGCUGCGCCGAUCAGCGCUCUCCGUCUCAAAUCGGCUCCAAUCGAUUGAGACGGAUGCGAAGUUUGUGCAGGAGGUUGCUGAGAAUUAUGGUCUGCCACUCGUCGCUAAUGAGCGCUGCGGAAGCUGGUAUAUUCCGCCAACGACCAAGGUUGGCAGUGCUUAUUUCAAAAGCACCGAUGGCCAUUCUGGUCAGUGGGACUUUAGCUGUCGCAGGCUGAACCUGCAGUUGUUGCCUCUGGUCAAGGAUCAUGGCGGUUGUGUUAUUGUGGACUCAACGCGUCGAGGCAAAUUAAUGCCGGAUGCAUUAUCAAAAACAAUCCCAAUCUGGAGCGCCGUCCUGAACAGGGCUCUCUUCCCAUCUGAGACCACAUACCACCCAGUCCAACUCCCACCAAACUACCUAGGAGAAUCCGAAGAAGCGCAAAUCGAAAGUCGAAUCGAUAGAUUCGUACACUCACUCAAGAGCUUAAAACUCGAUCUAGAUGGUCUGCGCCAGCAGAUCGGCAAACCCAUCCAAGUAGCAUGGGCCAACAGAUCAUACUUCCACCCCUCAGACCUCCAAAAAAGCAAUGACUACCGCCUUCUCGUACUAUGUUCUGCGUCGCGACGCGUUCACGGCGCCGAGAUGUCCGAGGGCGGAUACAUCCAAGGCGCAGGCGAUGAUAGCGAGGGAUGGGCGUACGGGCUGACGCCGCCGGUGUUCUGGGCCAAUCGGGAUAUUUUGAAAAGUACGCCUGAAGAUGACCUACCUGAACUUAUUAAGCGGUUGGUUGGCGAGCAUCAGAUGCUGGAAGUAGCUCGGGAUGCGACGCUGGUUGCUCCGACGAGUAAUCUGUUUAUUUCUUCGACGGGUGCGGUUAACGCAGCGGAGAAGUAUGAUCUUGUGAUUGACUGCAAUGGAAGUGCGGUUGAGGGCGAGGCGAAGAGACUCGGGUUGGGCUGUGAUACGGGGAAGUUGGGAAGUCGGGAUCUACGCAAGUCAUUGGAUAAAGUUCGGGACUUUGUGAGUGCGGAACUGGCGAAGGAUUCGAGCUUGUCUAUUUUGGUGACUUGUGAGACUGGGAAGGAUUUGUCGGCGGGGACCCUGUUGUCGAUUAUAUGCCUGUUUUACAACGAUGAAGGUGGCUUUGAUGUCUCGCUGGGCAAGCGUGCCAUCAGCAAGCAAUUUAUCAGACAGCGUCUCGCUUGGUUGGUAUCGUCAAAACAUGACGUGAACCCGUCGCGAGCUACGCUUCAAUCUGUCAAUGCCUUUUUGAUGCAGCCGCCAGAUUAUUGA